AUGUCUUUAGUUAUGAGAAAGCUUUUUUGCAACUACAGAAUAUCUCGACUAGCUAAACACUGCACGCAACUAUCGCUGUGUGCUCCCUGCUCAAAAGUUGCAUCACCAGCUCAAAGCCCCAACGGAUACAGGCUUUGGACUGCCAUUGCACCGAGAAAUUUUAGUAGCAAACCAAAAAAGGACGAACAUUGCAAUGUAGGAACUAUCGGCCAUGUGGAUCAUGGUAAAACAACACUCACGGCUGCAAUCACAAAGGUGCUAUCGAAGGAUGGUGACACCAGCUACGUUUCAUACGAUCAGAUCGACCGAGCACCUGAGGAGAAGGCUAGAGGCAUUACAAUAAAUGCGGCACAUAUCGGCUACAAAACGAGAAAGCGCCACUAUGCUCACACCGACUGCCCCGGGCACGCUGAUUACGUGAAGAAUAUGAUUUCAGGAGCAUCACAAAUGGACGGUGCCAUUCUAGUCGUGGCCGCUACUGACGGUCAAAUGCCCCAAACGCGCGAACAUUUGCUACUAGCUCGGCAAGUUGGAGUUACCCGGAUAGUUGUAUUCAUCAACAAAGCGGAUCAGGUCGAUAAUGAAGUGAUCGAGCUGGUUGAAAUAGAGCUUCGUGAGCUUCUGACCGAUUUCGGCUUUGAUGGCGUUGAAAGCCCUUUCAUCGUUGGCUCAGCGCUUCUUGCACUUCAGGGAGACCAGUCAGAACUGGGUGAACCCUCGAUCCAUAGGCUUAUGGACGCGAUCGAUACGUACAUUCCCACGCCGACCAGGGACCUUACGUCACCGUUUUUACUCCCAAUCGACAAUGCCUUCACCGUUCCCGGCCGAGGUACAGUUGUCGUGGGAACAUUGGCACGAGGUAUUAUGAAGAAAAAUGACGAGGCGGAGCUGUUAGGGUUCGACGAGGAAAUACGCACUACAAUCGGUGGAAUGCAGGUGUUCAAGAAAGACGUCAGCGAGGGAAAAGCUGGCGAUAAUAUCGGCACGCUAUUACGUGGAGUGAAAAUUCAUUCCGUGCAACGCGGUAUGCUGCUGUGUGCGGCCGGAAGUGAGCGCGUAUCGAACCAUUUCGAGGCAUCCAUGUACCUGCUGGCAAAGAACGAGGGUGGCAGGUCAAAACCGCUAACGUCUAAAUACAUUCAGCAGUUGUUCAGCAAAACGUGGAACGUCCCAUGUCGGGUGGAUUUGGUUGGACUAGAUAUGCUCAUGCCUGGUGAUCACGGUGCUAUAAAGUUAACGCUGCUUAAAAAAAUGGUUAUGUCACGUGCGCAAUCGUUCACGGUGAGAGAAAAUGGGAAAACCGUGGCUACCGGUUUGAUCACCAAAGUGCUGGACCCAGUAAAUUUGCCACAGAAGAAGCUUAUAAAGCUGGAACUAGAAAAUUAAAUCCCUUUAGUAAAGGUAAAGUACCUCCUGGCUGGUACCUGUUGCUACGCUCGUCAGUCGUUAGAUGAAAUAUAGAUUAUCCGUAUUACCCAAACCAUCGGAACAUUGUGACUCUGCGAUGAAAAUAAGUUUCCUGAGAAAUAAGCGACAGCA